AUAAUUUGUUACGCUUUUGAAAUAAGGUCAUCGUCAAAUUUAACGAGUAGCACAAGCUUAACUAUUCAACGCGAUGUCAGUAAUGCAGUCAUGUUAUUUUACUUGCCAUAUUCUACGACACAUGAUGCACAAGAUCACUUUACAGUCAUCAAAGAUUUUACACCGAUGUCAUUGUGAAAGAAGGAUACCAGCCUUGGUCCAUGCAGCAUUUUCUACAUCGGCCAGAAGGGAAAAUUUGUCACAAUUUUUUGAUGACAAAGAAAACUGGGGAGAGGAAACGAUCAAGUGUGGCAGACCAUGGCAUUUGGAUGAAUUACGAAUCAAGAGCAAUGAAGACUUGCACAAACUGUGGUACGUUCUGUUGAAGGAGCGUAACAUGUUGAUGACAAUGGAGGCGGAGUACACAAGACAGUGCGAGUUGUUCCCAAGUCCAGAAAGAGUCGACAAGGUAGAGGAGAGUAUGGAGAAUAUACUGGCGAUCGUGGACGAGCGCAAUGAGGCAUUCAGUAUGCUAGAGACCGGGAAAUCCAACAAACCGGAGAAGAGGGUCGUCCGGAACUUCCUCGGGUUAAAAUACCACCGCACACCCAAGGAAUAUGCAAUUCCUUCGUUCAUGAACAAAUUCUACCGACUGACUCACGCGCCAUACCGCUCGUCGAUGAACAUGUACAUUAAUCUUUACAAGGAACAGAAACGAAGGGAGAGGAUGAGAGAGCUGCGGCGAGAGCAGAAAAAUAUGAAAAUGUUGGAGAAGAAGUUUCCUCACUUGCGUGAAUCUGAAAAAGAAUAGACAAAGACUGUGUGGAUGUAAAUAAAUCUGUAGUGCUCAG